UAAAAUUUCAUGAGUGAUUGACAGCUCCACUAGCAAAUCGGCUUUUACGUUCCAAUGGAAUUCUGUGACGUAUCCCUGCCCCCUCAGCUGCAGGUCUGAAAACUUAUGUUAUGCUCCGUUUUCUGAGUUUCUACCACAAACAGAUGAAAACCUCUUAAAGAUAAGGCGACUUUACGUUUGAUACGGCUCGGAUAAAACUAGCAUGCUUCUUCAAAGGCUGGCUGCGUCCUCGCGAAGGCGGGCGGCAGUGCUUGUCACCUCGGCUGUACGGUGCCUGUCUUCGGGCUCGGUGACCAUCACAGACCCCUUAAACUUCUGGGCUGGGAAGAGGAGGGCUGUUCAAAAGAAAUGCAGCAAGGAGAAUGUAUAUGAACCAGCAACAGGAUGUGUUUUGUGCCAUUUGGAGCUUUGUGGUGCUGAUGAGGUCAAUCAGGCUGUCAAGGCUGCCAAGUCAGCAUUUGGCUACUGGAGCAAAAUGUCUGGGAUGGAGAGAGCGAGGGUCAUGAUCGAUGCCGCCCACUUAAUUGAGAGCAGGAGAGAGGAGAUUGCUGAGAUGGAGGUGGUCAACAAUGGGAAGUCCAUCACAGAAGCCCGCCUGGAUGUGGAUUCUGCAAGACUCUGCAUAGAAUAUUAUGCAGGAGUGGCCAGUACUCUGGCAGGCCAGCAUGUCCAGUUGGCUGGAGGAUCCUUCGCCUACACCCGCAGGGAGCCCCUGGGAGUGUGUGCUGGCAUUGGGGCUUGGAAUUACCCCUUUCAGAUCGUUGCAUGGAAGUCGGCUCCAGCCCUGGCCUGUGGUAACUCCAUGGUCUUUAAGCCAUCACCGGUGACACCUGUGACGGCGGUCUUACUGGCAGAGAUCUACGCACAGGCCGGCGCUCCGGAGGGGCUGUUCAACGUGGUCCAGGGUGGUCAGGAGACUGGCACCCUGCUCUGCCACCACCCUGAUAUAGCCAAAGUGUCUUUCACCGGGAGCGUGCCCACAGGACAGAAGAUCAUGGAGAUGGCAUCUAAAGGGAUCAAACCUGUGACACUGGAGCUCGGGGGGAAAUCCCCUCUGAUCAUCUUUGAGGACAGUGAUGUGGAGAAUGCUGUGAGGGGGGCGCUCAUGGCCAACUUCCUCUCUCAAGGCCAGGUCUGCAGCAACGGGACAAGGGUUUUCGUGCAGAAGGAUAUCCUGCCUGAGUUUAUGGAGGAGGUGGUGAAAAGGACUCAAGCCAUCUCCAUAGGAGACCCUCUGUUAGAGAGCACCAGAAUGGGAGCGCUGGUCAGCAGACCCCAUCUAGACAAAGUCUUAUCCUAUGUUGAGCAAGCAAAGAAAGAGGGAGCCACGGUGUUGUGCGGAGGAGAACCUUUCGUCCCAUCAGAUCCCAAACUCAAAGGCGGUUACUACAUGAGUCCAUGUGUUCUUGGGAACUGCACGGAUGAAAUGACCUGCGUGAAGGAGGAAAUCUUCGGUCCUGUCAUGUCUGUGCUGUCCUUCGAAACAGAAGAGGAGGUGCUGCAGAGAGCCAACGACACGGCACUGGGACUGGCUGCAGGCGUCUUCACCAGGGAUGUGAGGCGAGCCCACCGAGUGGUCGAGCAGCUAAAGGCCGGCUCCUGUUUCAUCAACAACUACAACGUCACUCCUGUGGAGGUGCCGUUUGGAGGCUUCAAAAUGUCAGGAAUAGGACGGGAGAACGGCCAGGUGACGAUUGAGUUCUACUCCCAAAUGAAGACGGUGUUUGUGGAGAUGGGAGAUGUAGACAGCCUGUUCUAGAGCAGAAGCUGCAGCUUCUAAUCAGAGACUCAAACUGAUGAUCUGAGCCAGUCUACCAUGUUUAAAGAGCCUCCACUGUGGACUAUCACGAAGAAAGAAACUAUGAUUGAUGAAGUGCAUUUGGAAAUCGAAUUUUUUAUGAUUUUUUUAUGAUAGACAAGACUGAUUUUUUUAAGCUGAUGUUUCAUUGAAGCAAUAUCUGAUGAACUAAAUGAAUGACUAGUUUAGUAUCAACUGAAGGAUGCCUGAUUUUUGAUAAUUUAUUAUGAAUGAGACUUUCGUAGAAUGUUGAUCUUUGCAAUAAUCUUUAUUUCUGAAACUCGUCACCUGAACUAGUUUAAACAUAAAGCAAACAAAUGAACUUAAACUCAUGUUUUUUUUUUUUUUACCAAACAGUGCCAAAACACUACAAACCUGACAUGAACUGUGUUUGUAAGCAUCACAAUAAAAUGCUAAUGAAACUCC